UUACCCCUUGGGAGAGAAGGGAGCUAAAUAAUCCUAUUACCCCCGGGCAGGAUAAAUCUCCCUCCCGAAAAGCCCCCCAGAGCAUCUCCGGGCUGUGGGACGGAGGGAGCACCUCUGGCCUCGGGAACCGUGGGACUGUCAGGUGCAAGCAGCUGUCCCGUGCCAGCGCCGGAUCCGCAGGGAACGCCGUGAGCUGGGGCUGGCUGCCAGCCCCCCCCAGAGCCAUGAGCCUGGAGCCCCCCAAGCUGGAGGUGAAAUCGGCCACGAGGGUGACCGGGGGUCCCGCCACCCCCCGCAAAGGACCCCCCAAGUUCAAGCAGAGGCAGACGAGGCAGUUCAAAAGCAAACCCCCCAAAAAGGGGGUGCAGGGGUUCGGUGACGACAUCCCAGGCAUGGAAGGGCUGGGAACAGCCCAGAUCAUCCGUGUGCAGUCGCCAGAGGGAGUGAAGAGAAUCACGGCCACCAAGAGAGAGACGGUGGCAACGUUCCUCAAAAAGGUCGCCAAGGAAUUUGGCUUCAGGAAUAAUGGCUUUUCCGUGUACACCAACAGGAACAGGACAGGGGAGAUCACAGCAGCCCAGAACAAAUCCCUCAACCUGCUCAAAAUCAAGCACGGGGAUAUGCUGUUCCUUUACCCCCUGAGCCCAGCUGGCUCCUCCUCAGAGACCAUGGACACCUCUGUCUCCCAAAAUUCCCGGCCUGGGGCUGCCCCCCAGGUGGUGGAGGAUGAGAUCGACCAGUACCUGAUCAAGCAGGAUGGGAAGAUUUACCGGAACCGAGACCAGCAGCUGUGUCGUCACGGCCCCCUGGGUAAAUGUGUUCACUGUGUCCCACUCGAGCCGUUCGAUGAGGAUUAUUUGAACCAUCUGGAGCCUCCUGUGAAGCACAUGUCAUUCCAUGCCUACAUCAGGAAGCUGACCGGAGGGGCAGACAAGGGGAAGUUUGUAGCCCUGGAGAACAUCAGCUGUAAGAUCAAGUCGGGGUGUGAGGGACACCCUCCCUGGCCAGAGGGGAUCUGCACCAAGUGCCAGCCCAGCGCCAUCACCCUCAACAGACAGAAAUACAGGCAUGUUGACAACAUCAUGUUUGAGAACCACACAAUUGCAGAUCGCUUCCUAGACUUCUGGAGGAAGACAGGGAACCAGCAUCUGGGAUAUCUGUACGGCCGGUACACGGAGCACAAAGACAUCCCGCUGGGCAUCCGGGCAGAGGUGGCGGCCAUCUAUGAACCCCCCCAGAUCGGGACACAGAACAGCCUGGAGAUCCUGGAGGAUCCGAAAGCCGAGGUCGUGGAUGAGAUCGCGGCAAAGCUUGGCCUGAGGAAGGUCGGCUGGAUAUUCACUGACCUGGUCUCUGAGGACACACGGAAAGGCACCGUUCGGUACAGCAGGAACAAGGACACGUAUUACCUGAGUGCAGAGGAGUGCAUCACAGCUGGCAACUUCCAGAACCAGCAGCCCAACAUCUGUCGCCUCUCCCCAGAUGGGCACUUUGGAUCCAAGUUUGUCACGGUUGUGGCUACAGGUGGUCCUGACAACCAGGUGCACUUCGAGGGGUACCAGGUGUCGAACCAGUGCAUGGCCCUGGUGCGGGACGAGUGCCUCCUGCCCUGCCGGGACGCGCCGGAGCUGGGCUAUGCCAAGGAGUCCAGCAGCGAGCAGUACGUGCCUGAUGUGUUCUACAAGGACAUAGACAAGUUUGGGAACGAGAUCACCCAGCUGGCUCGCCCGCUGCCGGUCGAGUACCUCAUCAUAGACAUUACUACAACUUUCCCCAAGGAUCCAGUCUACACUUUUUCUAUUUCUCAAAAUCCAUUCCCCAUCGAGAACCGUGAUGUGCUGGGAGAAACUCAGGACUUCCACAGCUUGGCCACGUACCUGUCCCAAAACACAUCCUCCAUUUUCCUAGACAUCAUUUCUGAUUUCCAUCUGCUCCUCUUCCUGGUCACAAAUGAGGUCAUGCCUCUGCGGGACAGCAUCAGCUUGUUGCUGGAAGCCGUGAGGACCAAAAAUGAGGAGCUUGCACAGACCUGGAAAAAAUCUGAGCAGUGGGCGACCAUCGAGCAGCUCUGCAGCACGGUGGGUGUCCCGCUCUCGGGAAUGCAGGAAUACGGCGCCAUGGGGGGCUCGUCGCACGCCGUGGCCGCAGCCAUGUGGCCCUGCCAGCACUGCACCUUCAUGAAUCAGCCGGGCACGGACCACUGCGAGAUGUGCAGCCUGCCCCGUUCCUAGCCCCGCUCCCGCCCCGAGCCUCCCCGGAGCAGCCGGCGCGGCGCUUGUCCCUCCCCUUCCUCCCUUCAGCUUCCAGCUCCGGCUGCGGAGCCGGGCACGGGGUGGCUCCAGCCCCCCAGUUACUCCUCGCUCCCUUUCGGGGGCCAUCCCGGAGCCGCUUGGUGCUCCCAGCCCGGAGAACUGACGCUUCCCCUCAGCCCGUGCCCCGGGCUGCCCCCCCAUCCCCACUGCUGCCAGCCUGCCAGGGGGACCC